AUUUAACGUCGACAUGUCCCAAUGGAUCCCAGUACAGGUACUGGCUUUCGUCUCUGCAUGGGCAAGAGGACAGUGACAAGCCAAUUCCUCAAGAUCGUCCAUUCUAUACCUUUAACGUCCGAUCCUUGAGGAACAAGUUGCUUCUGAUUCAGCCUGUCAGGAUGUCUGUCCUUUCUCGUCUUCUUCAUGUCUCUCUAGGCCUCCUGGCUGCAACCACAUGCAAUGCGAGUCCUAUCACAGGUCUACAGCGACGUGGAAGCAUCGCAUCGGAUGAGAUCGUCGGUUUUGCUCAAACAGUUCCAAGCGGUACAACAGGCGACCUCUAUCUAGCCUAUCAGCCCCGCCUAAAGGUAGUUAACGGCUGUGUUCCUUUCCCAGCUGUUGACGCUGAGGGAGAUACCAAUGCUGGUCUCUCGCCUACCGGUGAUUCCGACGGUGACUGUAGCAGCAGCACCGGUCAGAUCUACGUCCGCGGAGCCAAUUAUGGCGAUAGAUACGCUCUACUCUACGCCUGGUACUUCCCCAAAGAUGAGCCAUCUGAUGGGCUUGGACAUCGUCAUGACUGGGAAGGCGCCAUUGUCUGGCUUUCAAGCGCGAAUUCUACCUCCACGGACAAUAUCCUGGCUGUAUGCCCAUCUGCCCAUGGGGGCUGGGACUGUUCGACGAACGGAUAUACGCUUGACGGCACCUCUCCCUUGAUCCGGUACUACAGCAUCUGGCCGGUAGACCACCAGUGCGGUCUCACUUCAACUGUUGGUGGUACCCAGCCACUUAUCGCGUGGGAGUCUCUCCCAACUCUUGCACAGGACGCUCUUUCGGAUACUGACUGGGGCUCCGGCAAUGUGCCCUUCAUCGAUGCCAACCUCGAUACCAAUUUAGGAAAAGCGACUUUCUAGUUAUUCAGGGCCAAUCUUACAUUUCAUACCCAGAUGCGUUUGAAUCAGUGCUAUGAUUCAGAUAUCCUUUUGGAUACAGACUUAAGAUUUUCGUUUGCAUAAUGGAACCAACAUGUGCGCUUGUUGAAGCCGUG